UUUGUUUUUUUUCAGCUAAGGAAAAAAGGGGAAGCAACUGGCGAAGGGGGCAGCAAGCAAGCAAGCAAGCAUCGGCUGGCGCGGUGCUAUGGACCUCAGGGACAAUGUCGAGACAGGGGAGACGGAGAACCACACCGAGCUGUUCUACUUGCCGAUUCCAGACGAAGUGCCGUGCAAAGGGGAGCAGGAGAAGCUGUCCGGGGUCGUCAAAAACGUCCACAGAAAACUGCGCAGGAAAUACAGAGAGGUGGGCGAUUUUGACAAGAUCUGGCGCGAGCACUGUAAAGAUGAGCAGACGUUGAGUGAGUACGCCCUCGCCAUGAAGAAUCUCGCCGACAACCACUGGACCAAAAACUGCGAAGGAGAGGGACGCAUCGAAUGGUGUCGCAGUGUCUGUCAAGAAUAUUUUUUGGAUGGCGGGAUGAAAAGAAUGGUAGAAAAGGAUAAGAAAAGUGCCAUGCUUACCAUGGGUCUGGCUGCAGACUCUGUAAGUGCCCAACCGUACAGCACCAUCCCCAGUUCUAUCUCUCAGCUGGGGAAAAUGCGCCUUCUUGACGUGGGAAGCUGCUUCAACCCUUUCUUGAAGUUUGAUGAAUUCCUUACAGUUGGUAUCGACAUAGUGCCUGCAGUUGAGAGUGUGUACAAGUGUGACUUCCUCAACCUUCAGCUCCAGCAGCCUCUCCAGCUGGCGAGCGACGCGGUCGAGGCCUUCCUCCGCCAGCUCCACAACCCCAUCGACACGCUGCCCGCCCAGCUAUUCCACGUGGUGGUCUUCUCUCUGCUUCUGUCCUACUUCCCCUCACCUUACCAGCGCUGGAUCUGCUGUAAGAAGGCCCACGAGCUGCUGGAGCUGCACGGCCUGCUGCUCAUCAUCACGCCCGACUCCUCGCACCAAAACCGCCAUGCCCUCAUGAUGCGCAGUUGGCGCGUGGCGGUGGAGUCCCUGGGCUUCAAGCGGUACAAAUACGUCAAGUAUUCCCACAUGCAUCUCAUCGCCUUCCGUAAGGCGUCUCUGGCCACCACCAGCGACCUGGUGUCCCGCAACUACCCAGAGAUGCUCUACAUCCCUCAGGAUUUCCACUCCAACGAGGAGGAGGAGGAGUGUGCCGACGUGCCCGUGCAGGUGCGCUCUGAGUUCGAGGAUGACCAGAUGGCGUGGGGCUUCACGGAGCUACCCGACGCUCCCUAUGAUUCCGAUUCUGGGGAGAGCCAGAGCAGCUCAGUGCCUGGCUUCCAUGAGCUAGAAGACCCCAUCCUGCUUCAGAGCUAGGCUAAACCAGCUACCCCUCCCGCCCCCUCUCCCCUCCCCCCUCCCCCUCUCUCUACGUAACUGUCACCUCUCCUUCAACUGCUGCGCUGCCAAAUUUAACCUGCUGCAUUCUUCUCCCACUUGUCCUCCCUCUCCUCAAAACAAUGCAGUUUGCACAGUGCGAAAGCGAGAAGUUUACAGAUUAUUUUCUCAUAUCCACACUCCUCUGAGAGUACACAUACACACCCACACACUAAGAUGGAUAUAUUUUGAUAAAUAUAUAGGUUUUUUAAAGAGUUAAAGAGUUGGGAAAGUGAAUGCCCCCAAGAUAUCUAAACUCCCUGCUCCUUAAUUUCCAUGCAAUCUUUCAAUCAGCUUUCAAUAACUAAAGUCAGCGUGUCUGCAUUCUGUCCUCGGUCUCUAUUUGAUAAGCUAGUGUGGCAGGCUGCUUAGUACAAAAGACAAAUACACAGCAACCCCAGCAGUCCGACAGGAGUUUGAUUGCACUGGAGAGACUGAGAUGGAACGACUGGACUGGUACGCUUGCUUCUGUCCCAGUCAUGCAGCUAGACUUCCUGAACAUUCUUGAUGUGCGUUUUAGUUUUCCAAGACAAAAAUAAGUACAGUGUUUUGAAAUAUAUAUAUAUAUAUAU